AUGGCGGACGCGGCGGCUGUCAGCGGAGAAGACAAGGAGGAGGAUGGAGGGCGAAAGACGGCGAGCAGCACCGCGGGCCCGGCGGAGACCCUGGGCUUCUAUGAGCCGAGCGGCGGCAGCAGCAGCAGCAGGCGGCCGGAGGGGAAGAAGCGCAACCUGUCAGAUCUCUCGUUAUUUAGGUUCCUUAGUGCAGAACUCACCCGGGGUUAUUUCCUGGAACAUAAUGAAGCAAAGUACAAGGAAAGGCGAGAGAGGGUAUAUACCUGCCUACGAAUACCCUGGGAGCUGGAGAAGCUGAUGUUCUUCGGGUUUUUCCUCUGCCUGGACGCCUUCCUCUAUGUCUUUACUCUUCUCCCAUUGAGGGUUCUUCUGGCCUUCAUCAGGCUUAUUACUCUGCCAUGCUGUGGGUUAAGCGGCGGUCGUAUUCUGCAGCCUGCGCAGGUCUGUGACAUGAUGAAGGGGGUGAUACUAGUCAUAUGCUAUUUUAUGAUGCACUAUGUGGACUACUCCAUGAUGUACCACCUGAUCCGAGGACAGUCCGUCAUCAAGCUUUACAUUAUCUAUAACAUGCUGGAGGUCGCAGAUCGUCUGUUUUCCUCCUUUGGACAAGACAUUUUGGAUGCUUUGUACUGGACAGCUACAGAACCCAAGGAGCGGAAAAGAGCCCACCUGGGUGUCAUCCCUCACUUCUUCAUGGCCGUCUUGUAUGUCUUCUUACAUGCCAUCCUUAUAUUGGUGCAAGCGACCACCUUGAAUGUUGCCUUCAACUCCCACAACAAGUCCCUUCUCACCAUCAUGAUGUCUAAUAAUUUUGUUGAAAUAAAAGGGAGCGUAUUCAAGAAGUUUGAGAAGAACAAUCUGUUCCAAAUGUCUAACAGCGAUAUCAAAGAGCGCUUCACCAAUUAUGUGCUACUACUGAUCGUAUGCUUGAGGAACAUGGAGCAGUUCUCCUGGAAUCCAGAUCACCUGUGGGUCUUAUUCCCGGACGUGUGCAUGGUCAUUGCUUCUGAGAUUGCAGUGGACGGCGUGAAGCACGCCUUCAUAACCAAAUUCAAUGACAUCACUGCAGAUGUGUACAGUGAAUACAGAGCCAGCCUUGCCUUUGAACUUGUGAGCAGCCGUCAAAAAAAUGCUUACACUGACUACAGCGACUCUGUCUCCCGGCGGAUGGGAUUCAUUCCUCUCCCGCUUGCCGUGCUUCUGAUCAGAGUGGUGACCAGUUCAGUGAAGGUGCAGGGAGUCCUGGCCUACGCCUGCGUUGUGCUCUUCUACUUUGGGCUGAUAACACUGAAGGUUCUUAAUAGCAUUAUACUGCUUGGAAAGUCCUGUCAGUAUGUCAAAGAUGCCAAAAUGGAGGAGAAGUUAUUUCAGCCACCACCCACAUGUACUCCAGGGAAAACGCAGAAGAAAGCCUCGGCCAAAUCAAAUCGAGGAACUCCUACAGAUGACCAUUUUAGCGAUUCAGUCACCAGCCAGCCUGCCCGCCAGAAUUCCACCGCUCCACUUCUUGUUGAAAGCAGCUCCGACCAGUUCCUGACCACCCCAGACGGAGAGGAGAAGGACAUUACACAGGCCAACCCAGAGCUCAAACACCGGUCAUCUAACAAGGAUCUGCUGGACAUUGACCGCUUCACUAUCUGCGGGAACAGAAUUGACUAGUCCGACGUCUGGAAGAGAAGAACUCGCACUUAAAUAUUUAUUUUUCUUUAAGUUAUUUCCACAGGUAAAGUCUAUUCCCCUUUCACUGGAAACCUGCUCUGGCGCAGGCUCAUGGAGGUGAUAUAGCGUUCCUAUGGACUAGAAAUUGGAAGGACUCUGCUUGGCAAAAGCUGAGCUCUGUACAUGAUCCUGGAUUUUUUAGUUUAGAAAACAUUGGACAGUCUUGAGACAAAAUUCUCCUCCCUCAUUGCCACUUAUCGUCAUACAGGUUAGUUCACUAGGCCAAGAUCAAAUGCCUUAAAUUUUUCAGGGUGGAAACAAAUUCCUUCACCCCUGUGUCAUAAGGUUACUUGGAGCCCUCCGACCUGCUCACAUGUAUGUAGAUUAUGUUUGGAUUUUAGAAGCCUUCACAUAGAAGCCUUUUUCUUUUUUUGUACAUAGCUAUAAAUAGAUAGUUAUUUUCCAGAAUUAAAGCAGAAUAAUGUAUUUUAACAGGUACUAUUAAACCAACAAAUCUCACCCUUGGAGAUGCAUCUCUCAUAGACAGCCUAAAGGGGUGUGGGCAAGAUGUGAUGGGAACAGACCAGGUUUGUGUCUGACAUGGGAUGUAGUCACGUCGCUCUUCCUUUUUAUUUUUUUAAUAUAAUUUUAAUACACCAGGUAAGUUGCCCUUUUUGCUAUGGCUGUGAUGUACAGUGCUGCAUGCAAAGAACCUUUUAUUGACCAUCUGAACUGCAAAAAAGAAAAAAAAAAUCAUCAUGGGAAAACUAUGUAUGUUAUAUUGUGAAUCUAAACGUUGACUGCAAAAUGUUCACCCAUCGAGGAUGUUGGUGUCGUCUGUGAAGUCAAACCGCAGGGCUCAGUAGGCUGAAUGUGCAGGCAAUGAGGGGUUAAUAAGUCAUGUCACCAGCACAUGUGUUGGGGCCAUUUGCAAGUUGAAGUUCUGAGGAGCCAUAUUUUUCAUCACUAGCACUGCCUCUGUGAUUUCUAUGUGUAUGGAUCCUGUAUACAAAAUGGCUGCAGAUGACAGGGUUACUUUAAAGGGGUUGUCCCACAACGAAUAUUGUACAUGGUUGUAUCCAGCCCAUAAU